GUGUGUAAUGUCCCGUCGACCAAGACCCAAGACCAAGGAUCUGGCAUCUCUUUCGUCACACGAGAAAUGCCACUCCCGCUCACCACCCCUACACUACUCGAUCAGCAUCCUGAAUUCUGAAACCACAUUGUGUCCCGUCACCCCCCCCGGACCCCCUCCACGCCAGCAUUACAGACAACUCGAUCCGUCCAACCACCACAACAACAACAACCACCAUGCCCCCAACGCGCCCAUUAUCAGGGCACCGCCCCCUCCUCGGCGUCUCCACCAAGAUGUACUUCAGCCACGCCCGCACGACCGCCUACGUCUCGUCGGUGCUCUCCCUGCUCUCCUCCCCGUCCGCAUCCCCAUCAUCCCCAUCCCCCUUAGAAACCGGCACCAUCGACGCCUUCCUCAUCCCAGACUUCGUCUCCCUGCUGCCGACGCUGGCCGCCAUCUCGGCGGCCCCGCCCCCGGCGAACACCUUACUCGUCGGCGCGCAGGACUGCUGCGCGCACGACGCGGGCGCCCACACGGGCGAGGUGUCGCCCGCCGUGCUGAGAGAGGUCGGGUGCGCGCUCGUCGAGGUCGGGCACGCCGAGCGCCGGCGGCUGUACGGCGAGACGGACGCCGUUGUCGCGGAGAAGGCCAGGGCCGUCGUGCGCAACGGCAUGUGGCCGCUGGUGUGUGUCGGGGAGCAGCGGGCGCCCGGGGAGGAUGGGGAGGACGGGGUGCAGCGCGCGGCGGAGGAGGUGCUGGCGCAGGUGACGGCUGUGUUGGAGGGGUUGGAUGCCAAGGCCGAGGUCGUGCUGGCGUAUGAGCCGGUGUGGGCGAUCGGGGCGGCCCAGCCGGCUUCGGCGGAGCAUGUGCGCGGGGUGGUGCGGCGGCUGCGGGAGAGCGAGGUCGUCAGGGGCCGGCGCGGCAGGACGAGGAUUGUGUAUGGUGGCGCCGCGGGGCCGGGGUUGUGGGAGCGGCUGGGCGGGGAGGUGGACGGCCUGUUUCUCGGACGGUUUGCGCACGAGCCGGAGCAGUUUGUGAAGUUGUUGUACGAGGUUGGGGGGAUGGGUGGUGGUGGCUGAUGGGCGCGAAGCUCCAGUCGAUCUGUUGAAGCGCGGGCCGGGCUGGUUAAGCAUGAGGCACUGACCAUCGCGAAUCUGGAGUGUUCAAGGGGGUGGUUUCGGGGUCUAAGCAGUAUUUGUCCCUGCUGGACGAGGAGGCUACCGCAACCCACAUCAGCCGCGUUGCACGAAACACGGCAUCCAUGGCGUCGUCCUCGGAUAAGAAAGUCCUGGCUAGCGAGCUGUUCAGAAGCCGUACUGGUCGCUGCGUCAGUAACGGAAUUAGCAACUGUUCGCCUGCUGUACCCGGUCUCUGUUAUAGCAUCCGACCAGCUUAUCAAGAGACGAGAGCGUCGGGUUGCCGGCUUCCGCAUUCCUACUACAGUGUUGUAGUUGACACUUAUGAUUCCUGGCCGAGGUGCACACGGUCAUGCAACAGCUCCAAAAUCGUCUCAACAACAUGAAGACCUACGCCCUCCUCGCUGCCCUCUUCGCCACGACGGCCCUCGCC